CCUCUUUCUCUAUGGAAAUUUCCACCAGAAGCAGUCAGUGUCAGUGAACAAGGAGUAUUACUGAAUAGACACAAGGCUCAGCGCUUGCUGAUUUCAAGGAUAACUGAGUGAAGACUCCAGAGAAUCAUUGGUUUUGAGUUUGUUGAUAAGCAACAACAUUUAUUGGAAUUAAUAACACUGAGAGCCUGAUUGGAGUUCUACAGUUUUGAACACUGGUGGACUUUGAUGAACAAAGUGUUCUAAAGCCAACACAUUUCAUCUGAACUCUUAGCAAAAUUGAAAUUAAUUGCACUAGGGAAGAUUUUUUUUUUGUUAAUUGUUAAACUGCUGACUGAUUUAAAUGGAUCGGAUGGAACUACAAAAAGUCAACAUGGAUGAUGACAGCAACAGCGGAGAGAGCACUGAUGGUUUUUGUAAAGAAAUAGAUUCUGAAAAAGUUACUAUUAGCAGCCAGUAUGCUGAUGAAGAAGAUGCAGAAAGUCAAAGAUUUCUUACAAAUGGGGGUCUUGGAAAGAAGAAACUGGAAGAAUAUGAUGAUGACCAUCAUCCAGGGACCACUUCAUUUGGCAUGUCUGUAUUCAAUCUUAGCAAUGCCAUAAUGGGCAGUGGAAUUCUUGGCCUCUCUUAUGCUAUGGCUAACACGGGCAUUAUACUUUUUGUGAUUCUUCUUUUUGCAGUUGCCAUUCUGUCACUCUAUUCUGUUCAUCUCUUACUGAAGACAUCAAAAGAAGGAGGUUCAUUAAUUUAUGAAAAAUUAGGUGAAAAAGCCUUUGGAUGGCCAGGAAAAAUUUUAGCGUUUACAUCCAUCACAAUGCAGAAUAUUGGAGCGAUGUCCAGCUAUCUAUUUAUUGUUAAGUAUGAACUUCCGGAAGUAAUAAAGACAUUUCUACGACUUGAAGAAACUUCUGGUGAAUGGUACCUCAAUGGAAACUACCUCAUCAUAUUAGUGUCAGUUGGAAUUAUCCUUCCACUUUCUCUCCUGAAGAAUUUAGGUUACCUUGGCUACACUAGCGGAUUUUCCCUGACGUGCAUGGUGUUUUUUGUUAGUGUGGUAAUUUAUAAGAAAACUCAAAUACCCUGUCCUUUACCUCUAUUGGAUAACAAUUUGGGAAACUUGACAAGCAACAAUACUUAUCACUUGCAUCCACUUAUGGCAUACAAUGACACCAUAAGCUCUGGAGUAAAUUUCAUGGUGGAUUAUACACAUGAAAAUGCAGAUGGGCCUACUGAACACAAAGAUAGCAACCAUGGCAGUGGAAUAGAGUAUGAAGCCCACCAAGAUGACAAGUGCAAACCAAAAUACUUUGUGUUUAAUUCCCAGACUGCAUAUGCUAUUCCUAUUUUAGCAUUUGCUUUUGUCUGCCAUCCGGAAGUACUGCCUAUCUACAGUGAGCUCAAAAGCCGCUCAAGGAGGAAAAUGCAAAAUGUGUCAAAUGUAUCAAUAGCUGCUAUGUUGGGAAUGUACCUUUUUGCUGCACUUUUCGGCUAUCUUACAUUUUAUGGAGAAGUUCAAGAUGAAUUACUUCGCACAUACACAAAAGUUUACAGGUUCGACACCCUCCUGCUAUGCGUCCGCUUAGCCGUGUUGGUGGCUGUAACAUUGACAGUCCCCAUUGUAUUAUUCCCAAUCCGUUCGUCCAUAACAACAAUGUUAUUUCCAGGAAGGCCGUUCAGUCUGUUGAGACAUUUCCUGAUAGCCUUUGUCCUUCUGGCUCUAAAUAACACACUUGUAAUAUUUGUGCCGACGAUUAAAGAUAUCUUUGGAUUCAUAGGUGCGUCAGCUGCAACACUGUUAAUAUUCAUUCUUCCAGCUGCUUUUUAUUUGCGAAUAGUGAAAAAGGAGCCUUUCCGUUCACCACAGAAAAUUGGGGCAUUUAUUUUCCUUAUAAUUGGAGUGAUAUUUAUGAUUGGAAGCCUUUGUCUCAUCGUAUCGGACUGGAUUCAAAACCCUUCCUCUUCUAAACACCAUUAAGCCUUUUAACAUUCAGAGAAACUUUUCCUUGGAAAUACAGCUGGAUGACUUUUUUUCAUGCCAGUGUAAACAACUGGAAAAUAAUUAGACUCCAAAAAGGAUGCCGAGUCCAAAGACUUUUUAUGGUACCAAGAUGUGAAACACAAUUCAUUUUUACUUAGACUUUGUUAUUUAUGUAUUGAAAAAAAUAUUAUUACUAUUUUUGUAUCUAGAUAUUUUAAAAUGGCACUCGUUCUCUGUGUAGCUUUGGUACAAGUGAGUACUCAAGCAAAUGAAAAGAAAUAAUUGCUGGAUACAAAAAAUGCCUUUAACAGUACUGGAAUUUAUGUGACCAAAAGUGUUUCUUUGCUAACAAUGAGAGAUUUUUUUAUAUAA